UUCACAUCUCAGUGAAUAGUUCCUUUUUGUUCGUAGUUCAUGAACGAACCAACACUACUGAAGAAGACCUUUGUACCAGCCCCUCAAAAUCAAGAAAGAAAAUGGCCCGUGUUUUGGUUGGAGUUAAGCGUGUGAUCGACUAUGCUGUCAAGGUCCGCGUCAAGCCCGACAAGACUGGCGUUGUCACCCAGGGUGUAAAGCACUCGAUGAAUCCCUUUGAUGAGAUUGCCGUCGAGGAGGCCGUGAAGAUGAAGGAGAAGAAGCUGGCCACUGAGGUCAUUGCCGUGUCCGUGGGUCCAGCUCAGUCGGCGGAGGUUAUACGCACCGCCAUGGCCAUGGGCGCUGAUCGGGGAGUUCAUGUGGAUGUGCCUCAGGCCGAGUACGAGCUGCUGCAGCCCAUCCAUAUUUCGAAGAUUCUUGCCAAGCUGGCGCUGGAUGAGAAGGCGGAUCUGGUGAUUCUUGGCAAGCAGGCCAUCGACGAUGACGCCAAUCAGACAGCCCAGAUGACCGCCGCCGUGUUGGACUGGCCUCAGGGCACCUUCUGCAACAAGAUCGAGAAGACGGACGCUGGCCUGACCAUCACACGUGAAAUCGAUGGCGGCCUGGAGACAAUCAAAACCAAGAUACCGGCCGUACUGAGCGCUGACUUGCGCCUGAACACGCCACGCUAUGCCACGUUACCCAACAUCAUGAAGGCCAAGAAGAAGCCACUGAAAAAGGUCACGGCCAAAGAUUUGGGUGUUGAUACCACGCCACGCAUUGAGAUUAUCUCCGUAGAGGAUCCCCCAGUGCGCCAGGCAGGAGCCACCGUGGCCGAUGUCGACGCCUUGGUGGCCAAACUGAAGGAGGGGGGCCACAUCUAAACGAAAUUGUGAGCAAAAUUUUAACCGUUUUUAGUUGAAAAAAAAAAAAAAUCAGAAAUGUGCAUUUAUCUAACCUCUGAGGUAGAUCGGCAGACAGGCUUUAAAAAUGCUAUCCUCCCCCUCCCUCCCCCCAAGCGUCCUGAUCGUAGUGCGUUAAGUAAUAUCAAAUUUUAAAUUUAUUUCCAUUGUGUCCCAGCUCUAAGAAUAAAGUGAUUGUAAGCUCUGAAUGUAAAGCGAUUGACAGACAGAGAGGGCAGGGUCAAGUCAACUCA